UGCAUGCUGCCUGUCUGCCAUGCCGUUUUAACUUAACUGUAAAACAGAAAAUAACGUAAUUAAAACUCUGUUCAAGUUAUAGUAAAAGAUGUCAUUCUUCAUACCAAGUAAUCGAGAACGUGGGAAGCUCAAACGAAAGUCGAAUGGCCCUGCUGGCAACUCAAAAAACUUUACUUCAAAAGGCAAAAACAAAGGCGGGAAAUACUCUAAACAUGACGACGAUGAAAGUAUUGCGAGCAGUGAUGAAGAAUUUGCUGAACAAAAAAGAAGGGGGAAGCUCGAGGAACUUUCCGAUGAGUCUGAGGAAGAGACUGCGCAAGAAAAGCGCAUCAGAUUGCAGAAGAAAUAUUUAGAAGAAAUUGAAGAAGAAGAGAAAGAUAGGGAGGAGUUUGAAAAGGGCGCAAUCGCGACACGUUUGCGUGAAGAAUACCUGGAGGAAAAAGGGCGAUUGAGAAAAGUUGUAGCGAGUAGCUACACAGGACACGGUGAACCAAUUAUUUUGAGAUACAAGCAACAUAGAGAAUCUAUUACAUGUUUGUGUGUUUCUGGUGAUGGAAAGUUUCUCUACUCUGGUUCUAAGGAUGGUACAAUCGUCAAAUGGGCGUUAUCAGACCGAUCCAAAGUAAAAAUCCUGAAAGGAAAACGGAAAAAGGAUGACAAAGGUAUCAAGUCUGUCAGCUGCAUGACAGUCAGCACAGAUGAUCAAUUUUUGGUGGUAGGAGAUAAAGCUUCGAAAAACGUAAUGGUAUUUUCGGCAGCCGACUUAACCCACAAAAAAGAUCUUCAAGGCCACAGAGCUCCAAUUUCUGGUGUAGUUUUUCGAAAAAACACGCAUACUUUGUAUUCUGCAUCCGAAGACAGAAGCGUGAAAGUUUGGAACUUGGAUGAUAUGGCCUACGUCGAAUCUCUAUUUGGCCAUCAAAAUGCUAUCACUUCCAUAGACGCUCUUUCUCGAGAACGUGCCAUAACGAGUGGUGGUCACGAUGGAAGUAUAAGGAUAUGGAAAAUCGUCGAAGAAUCACAGUUAAUUUUUAACGGCCACGGUGGAAGUAUAGAUGCAGUAAAACUCAUAAACGAAGAAAAUUUUCUCAGUGGUGGUGAUGAUGGUCAGCUGAGUGUAUGGGGUGCUUUAAAAAAGAAACCGCUAUGUUCAGUUACUGAAGCUCACGGAAAGAAUCCAGAAAAUGGAUUACCUAACUGGAUUUCCAGCAUUGCUACGCUUUUAAAUACAGAUUUAGUCGCCUCGGGUUCCGGAAAUGGCGUCGUUAGACUUUGGCAGUGUGGCGACUCGUUUCGGAGUCUGAAUCCACUCUUCGACGUCGAGGUCAAAGGAUUUAUAAACUCACUGGUGUUUACCCCAGAUGGAAAUUAUCUUAUAGCUGGAGUUGGCAAGGAACACAGACUGGGAAGGUGGUGGCAUUUGACAGAGCCGAAGAAUAGUAUAGUUUUAAUACCGUUAAUUCACAAUAAAAGUAAGUGAUAAUUUCCAGUUGUCAACUGUAAUGCUGAAUUUACGUCUCUAAUGUUAGAGAUGUUUCUUACUGUAAAGUUAACUACUUUUAAGCGAGAU